AUAAACGUGUUUAAGUGGACUCUGUUUAAACUUUCGGGAUGUUUCACCUCAGACUCAUCUCCUGUUAGCCAAGAAUGCUAAAGGAAGUUAGCUUGUUAGCAGGAAGUAGCCGGAGCCGGAGCUCGGCCUCACAGUCGGAGCAGCUUCCAUAGAGACCAAACUGUAUUUUUCACGGAGCCCAAAUGUCCAAAUGUCCAGAUAGAGCUGUCUGAAUAGACUCUGUGCUGUUCCCUUUAUCUGAACAUGUUUAACAUCUGAAUUAUCUCCCGGUGUCCUACGAAGCUAAUGCAGUUAGCUUAGCUUGCUAGCUGGAAACAGUCUGGAGGAAAAGCUGCUGUGAAUCAGUAAAAAUGUCUAAAGUGGAGAACGAGGAGGAACUUUGUGGACAACGCAAACUACUGGACGCUGUUUUCAAGCCUGGAGCAGACAUCCAGCUGCUGUUGGUGAGUAAAGAAAAGGUUCACCCCGAGCAGCAGGAUUGGAGCCCCAGUCUGGACCAGGAGGACCCACCAGAGCCCCCACACAUUAAAGAGGAGUGGAGCCCCAGUCUGGACCAGGAGGACCCACCAGAGACACCACACAUUAAAGAGGAGUGGAGCCCCAGUCUGGACCAGGAGGACCCACCAGAGACACCACACAUUAAAGAGGAACAGGAGGAACUCUGGACCUGUCAGGAGGGAGAGCUGGAGGAGGCUGAUCUCACCAAGUUCACAUUCACUCCUGUCCCUGUGAAGAGUGAAGAAGACGAUGAAGAGAAACCUCAGUCCUCACAGCUUCAUCCAAGACUAACUGAACAGAUGAAGACAGAAACUGAUGGAGAGGACUGUGGAGGACCAGAACCAGCCAGAAACUCAGAUCCAGCUAGACAUUUACAACCAGAUACUCAUGAAAAGAUGUCAGACUCCUCUGAACCUGAGACUGAUGACAGUUGUGAUUGGGAGGAGAUCAGGGAACCUCAGUCUGUUUCAAAUCCUCUGCAAAAUAACAGUGAAUGUAUCACUGAUGAGAAACAGUGUUGCUGCCCUGAGUGUGGUAAACUCUUCAGCCAAAACUCAAAUCUGAAGCGACACAUGAGAAUUCACACAGGUGAGAAGCCCUUCAGUUGCUCAGUUUGCAGUAAAAGAUUUAUGCAAAAGGUUUAUCUGACACACCAUAUGACACUCCACACUGGGAAGAAACGAUACAGCUGCAGUGUUUGUGACCGAGGAUUCACUUGGCCUUAUCAGCUUAAAAACCAUCAGUGUGUUGGUCGUCAGUCCUCACAGCUUCAUCAAAGAAUAACUGAAGAGAGAACAGAUGGAGAGCAUUUUAAAACAGACGGUUAUGUAGAGGACUGUGGAGGACCAGGACCAGCCAGGGAUUCAGAUCCAGAUAGACAUUUACAACCAGAUGCUGAUGAAAAGAGUUCACACCCCUCUGAACCUGAGACUGAUGACAGUUGUGAUUGGCAGAAGACCCGGGAACCUCAGUCAGGUUCAAACCCUCUGAAAAAUAACAGAUAUAAUACUGAUGAGAAAUUAUUCAGCUGCUCUGAGUGUGGUAAACGAUUCAGCCAAAACGCAUAUCUGAAGAGACACGUGAGAAUCCACACAGGGGAGAAGGCCUUCAGUUGUUCAAUUUGCAGUAAAAAAUUUUUGCAAAAGGUUUAUCUGACACACCACAUGGCGCGACACACGGCGCAGAAACGAUACAGCUGCAGUGUUUGUGGCAGAGGAUUCACUUGGCUUUAUCAGCUCAAAAACCAUCGGUGUGGUGGACCUCAGUCCUCACAGCUUCAUCAAAGUCUAACUGAACAGAUGCAAACAGAACCUGAGACUGAUGUCAGUUGUCAUUGGGAGGAAACCAGGAAACCUCAGUCAGUUUCAGACCCUCUGAAAAACAAUGAAGUCCCUGUAAGUGUUCAGGAAUGUAAUUAUGGGAAAACAUCAAGUAGCUCCUUUGAAUGUUCUACAAGCUUGAGCCACAGGGAACAUCUGCAAGAAGACAAUGGAAUACAAACGGGAGAGAAGCCCUUCAGUUGUUCAGUUUGUGGUAAAAGAUACCUCUGGAAGAGCUCCUUAACGACUCAUAUGAGAAUUCAUUCAAAAGGAAAACAUUUCAGCUGCUCAGUUUGUAGAAAACACUUUCAAGGGAGAGUAGAAGUUGUAAAUCAUAUGAGAAUCCACACAGGGCAGAAACCCUUCAGUUGCUCAAUUUGUAAAAAAACGUUUCCAUGGAGAGGCCGUGUUUUGAUGCACAUGAGAAUCCACACAGGGGAGAAACCCUUCAGUUGUUCUAUCUGUGGUUUAAGGGUCAACCAGAGCUCAACUUUGACCACACACUUAAGAGUUCAUACAGGAGAAAAACCUUUCACAUGCUCAGUUUGUAAAGCCAGUUUCAGUCGCAGAAACAAUUUGUCCAGACACUUGAGAAUGCAUACUGGGGAGAAGCCAUUUAGUUGUUCAGCUUGUGGUAAAGGAUUUCUAGAUAGGGGAGCUCUGAGACGACACUUGAGCAUCCACACAGGGAAGAAACCCUUCACUUGUUCUGUCUGUGGUAGACAAUUCACACGAAAGACACAUCUAAGACGACACUCUUCUGUCCACACAGAGUCUAAGGAGCCAGAUAUAUCCCUCAGAAGUUGGUGGAGACAAACGCAGAACUAAAAGAAGAGUGAGAAUUGAACUUAUAGGUAUGGCUGGCCGAUGAGUCCAAAAAUGUUAUCACAAUAAAAAAAUCACAUCAUUUGAUAUGUAUAAUUAUCAGGAUAAAUGUCAAAAUUAUAAAGGCAGAUUUUUCCUCCUUAGUGAAAGUUAAAGAAACCAGGUGGUUAAUUGUGUGGUUAAACUUUUGAUGCCAAACAGUGGAUCACUUAACAAAUCUAAGGCAGAACAUUCAAAACAAUUAUGAUAAAAUCUUUGUCAAAAAAUAUGAUUGGUAAAUAUUUUUCAAGUCCCUUUUCCUCAGCAAAAUAUAUUGAACAUCUGUUAUAUUGUUAUUGAGGAAAAUUAUAUUGCGAUAAUUAUCAUUAUUGAUUUAUUGCCCAGCCCUAGGUUCCACCAGCUAUAUGUAAGUUAGGGUGUAAAGUCGAUAUUAGAGGUUUAAUAACUAAGAGUUAGUCUGGAACUAAACUGGUUACACCACAAUUGCUUGGGUCAGAACAUGAGUAGUUUGGCCACUUGGCUUGGUUAUGACGUCCAAUCACCGAAGACAGAUUUCCAAACAUACUGGCUACUCUGCCUACCUACUGACGCCCCCGGCUCUCUCCUCCAGAGAUCCCCACAAAUUUUUCACUCAAGUUGAAUAUUUUCAGUAGAUUUCUACCACCUUGCGAAAUGCUGUCUGUUGGACUGCUUUCGUUUUCCAGUUUAAAAUAUUUCCACACAGACAUUUUAGCCGCGUCCUACCACAAAUUGCUCUCCGUUUAUGACACUUGUGUGACAGCUAAAGCAAAGCAGUUUAAAAAAUGCCUUGAUCGGCCCGUGUUUGUUUGAUUCUGCUCACGUGGUGAUGUUACUACCUCUGGGUGUUAGUGGACUGCUUGGAGCUUUUUGUUGACGAGGAAGAAGAAAUAAAAAGACUAUCCUACUGUUUAUACUGCAGCAAUUUGAACGGUCCAUCCAUGUUUUGUCUACAGCCUUUUGUUGCCACUGGAGAAGGAAGAAGUCGAGUUAGCAACUCCAACAGGCAGGGUCAGUUCAGUAUAUGUUGUUUUAUUAAUAAUAAAACCACAACACAAAAGUCAUAAUUACAAGAUUAUUGGAUGCUAAGUCAUAAUUUCACAGACAAUAUGGUCAAAAAUGACAGUUGGUGUUGAACAGAAAAGGUUUCCUUAGAAGGCGGAUCUAUCUAGAGAAAUGUUCAGACGGAGGAACCACAUGUUUGGGAACAAAACCUUCUCAUGUUAAUAUAAAAAGAAGUUUUCCAGUGACUGUAUUUCUGUCAAAAGGUAACACACGUUUCAGCAAUAAAGCCGUAAAGAAACCGAUGAAAACCAAAAGUGUAGCACAGUUUGAAAGAGCUGUUGCCUCUACAUGCACUGCUGGUGUGCUCUGUAUACAUCACCGUGCUGCUCACAUGUAUCAGCAAUAAUAAUCCAAUAAUUUAAUAAAUAACAUUCACAGGGGCCAUUCUGCAGCCUUACGGUUGCUUGAUGAUUUAAGAUAAUAGUUUGUUGAUCCCCAGAGGAGAGAUUCGGGUGUGACAGCAGCACAAAGACAGAAAUAAGGACAGAUAACUUACAAAAUAAACAAUCAGAAUAGAUUAAAAAUUGACUAUACAAUAUUUUAAUCUUUUUAAUUUGUAUUAUUUGAAUUGUCGGAUUUUAUUUUCCUCAGUCCAGAAGUGUUUUAAUCCUUUUUCA